GUCAAGACCACUGCACCUGGAGGGAAUCAGCUAACUCACCACAAUAUAAUUGACCUGCCCAUUGUGACACCGGCCCUGCUCCUGUCAACCUCGAUUUUGGACAUCAUCUAUCGUCGCCCUUCGCUAGCCAAUUGCGACCUCGUUAGCCUCCCACGCGCCUAACCCGCGGUGCGCGGUGGACAUGGCAGCGCCGCGACCAGCUCAUCGCCAUCAUAUCGAUUUGCGACUCUUGCGACGCGACUCAACACCCGUUACCUGAGCAAUCGUCGCUGCAAAACGUGAAGCUCGUUCAGCCUCUUGCGAUAUCAGCUGCCAGCAGUACAUUUUGUCGCGAUCAAAUGUAUUCAGCAUUCUUGCCCGACUAUACACCAUCACCGGAAUCAAAUCUGGCUCCUUAGCAUUACCAAGGCAAAUUGCAAUCGUCCUCGGCUACCGUCACUACCAUCGUCAUCAACACUACUACCACCAACACCGCCGCAAACUCUUCUACAGCCAUUCUAUUAUGCUCCCAGCCUGGCGCCAGUUCACAUGCCGUCGCUGCCGCAUCGCCCAGUGCUGGCCCCCCGUGACGGCAUAUCUAGCUUUGUGUCUGUCCAAAGCUCGGAUUCCUAUUACAGCGAUCAUGAAAUCGCCAUCCUACACCGUGUCGUCACGGCGGCCCAGGAGAAUCUCGAACUCCUUCCCGAGGGCGAGCGAUUGGCAACAAACGCCUUAUUCCAGGCUUAUGAUGCUGUGCUCCCACUCUUCGGCAUCGACCCGGAGGAAGAAAAUCAUAUCUCGCGCCUCGUAUUCCGCGUUGGCGGUGAACGCGGCGAAGGGUCACUCCAGGAGAAACUUGACGCCGUCUUGUCAAGGAUGGGCAUCGGCCUUGAGUUCGGAAGUGAAGGGUCCAGGGCAUUAUCAAACAACGGCGACGACGACAACGAAGAUGAAGACGGAGCCGGAGCCGGAUAUGCGGAGGCUGCUGCGCCACAGCCUGCGCUUACGGACACCGACCGAGACUCUGUCACGUCCGGAGACGAGUCCUCUAAAGAGGUCGAGCUUGCACCCCGAGAACCUUACGCGAAUCUGCCAUCUUCGAAGGCGCAAGCAUCACAUCGCUUGGACUAUGCUGCAUCUCCCCCAAGGCUGACGCGCGUUGGCUUGGUAUCGAAUCACUUGGAUCUGAAGUCUAUCAACCAUAAUAAACCGGCACCCCAAAGCUAUACUCCCUCGACGGCUGGAAACACAGAACAAAGUCGUCAAAGCCGGCAAUCAGUAUCUGGCACCAGUGUGCAACGUGGCGCCAGCGACACCACAGUUCAGCCUAUUGAGGCGUCUUAUAUCCACCCUGCGAAUGAGACCGAGGCGGCCGCUCUACCAAUACGGACAAAGCCCAUAAGAACGGUGAAUUGGCUGCUUCCGCCUGAUACCACCAGCAUCAGCGCCGGCACCAGCGUCGGUGCUACUGCCCCAGAACCAGUUCGAAAUGGACCCCGGGGUUCUGAGGUCGCGGAAGACCAUGUUGUGCAUGUUACUGAGACACGGAAUUCUCACGAACACGAGCUCAAUACCCAAAAGCCCUCAGUACACACGCCUGCUGUACAUGAAUGUACGGUCCAGAAGAUUGCCACUCAUCAAGCAACCAAAAGGAAGCAACCUGCCGAAGAACCCUCUGUAGGCAGGAUCGAGAGUGAUGAAGCAAAGCCAGUGAUCGACGAUGAAAUCAACGGGGACCCUGAUGACGACGCAAGAUAUGCGGUACUGGAGUGGAAAUCGACCAAAGUAAAGGGGUACUUACUGCUCCUAAGAGGAUUGUCACACUGGAAACAACACGCUUUCGACAAGCUCGAACGAAUGGCCGUAGCCAGGAGGCACAUUUUGCGGAUGCGUCACUUUGACCCGUGGGAGCUGGUCACGGCCGAAACUAGGAUCCGGGGUCGCCGCGUGUUCACUUCCCGUCUUAUUGGCUCAUGGCUCAGGCGCGCCGGUGAAGACUUGGACACAGAAGAUGCAAGCUUAGCCCAUGCCCAACGGAAUAUGGCCCAGAAUGCCCUCAGACACUGGUCAACCUCCUGCCUAACUCCAAUGGAAACUCGUUUUCCGGCGCGCACUGUGUCCAUUCAUCUGCAACAAUGGCAUUCGGCUUGCUCAAUUUCACAGGGGCUUGGGUCUCACGUGGAGAACCUGUACGAAGAGCAUGGAAGGUUUCGGGUCUUGAGAACAUGGUCCCACCAAGCAGCGUCUCAUCUGAGAGAUGUUGCUGCAUUUCGCAGAUACCAUAUCGUUCAGGGCCCUUUACACCAGUGGCACCUUGACUCAAGGGUCGAGGUCUUCAAGUCCAAGCUGGAAAUCAAGCUCGUUCGCAGCUGCUUGUCGAGGUGGCAAAGCGCGUGCAUGGUCCCACCGAUAUUCGGCCAGACCAACGCCCUCAGCCGCGGGAUUGCUGUGGAUUCUGUGUCCGGCAUGGCCUUACCUAGACCGCGGCGAGGCGUGAGAUCCCUCACGGCCAUAUCAGAUCGUCUGCUGAAGACCAAAGUUCUUGGCAACUGGCAACAACAAGCUUCAGUAGUCGCCAAGACGAGCACGAGAUCGCGUCGGUUUGCGUCGCAUCAAGGGGCACAUAAGGCGUUGGAAAUGUGGCAUAUCGACGUCGGUGAAAAAAGAAACCUCCAGAAGUGGGUGCAGCGCGGUUGUUUCUACGUUAGUGCCACGCAUGCACUCAAGACAUGGCGAUCCAGAUCAACUUGGAGGUCAGGGACUCGAAAAUCAUAUGCCCGAUGCAGACAGCACGUCAAAGCUACCUUCACCAAAGGUUAUCUUGAUUUAUGGAAGACAGCUACUCGUGCUCACGUAAACUUGGGCUGGAAAACAGAUCAGCACCACAUUGUAGUGGAACAUGGUCGUCUCAUUUACAUGCUGAAAUUGUGGCGAGAAGAGAGCAGUCGCGACUGGGGGACGAGUAAGUUUUUGACUGCUGCGUGGGUGGACGAAUGGAAUGCAAUGUCCCAAGAUCUCGCCGUCAAAGAGGACCGCGUCAAACAGGCUUGGUCGGUGAACCUGAAGUCACGUUGGUGGAGUCAGUGGCAAUCAUCUUUGCUGCAAUUGAAAAGCCGAGAAUACGUGGCACUGGACGUUAAGGAGAGGAACAGCAAGAAGGCUGUACGACGCCUUCUGCUACAUUGGAAGGGAGACAGGAAUCUGAGCACAUCUUACCAGUCAACAACACUGAGAGCUAGUCUCAGCAGCUCAAGAAGAGGAGCUGGCUUCGUGGCCAGUCGCACCUCACUGCCACUCUCGAGAGCAGUUCAUGAACGACACAGCGGACCAAGUUUUCGCGGUUCCAGGAUACAAGAAGUGGAGCCAACGGCUGACGACGAUGAUCACGACGGAACCGGGUCUGGACCAGAUACUGAUGGAGUUGUGGCGGAUACGCCGACCCGGUGGACGGGUAUGGCGUCUUCUGUGAGGCUUCCGUCCAUGACACCUUUUGCUCCCCUUCCAACGCCAUUUGAACGAGAGCUCCGAGAACGAUACAACCGGAGCGUGCCUGCAGCUGCGACUGGCCAGAUGAGCAGCCUUUCCUUCGCACAGGCGCAAAGGCUCUCUGUGGCCGGCACACGGCGAGCAGCCAAGGAGAAUACUGCGGAUAUUGGCAGAGGUGGUUGAUGAGACAUGGGCGGAGACCCUUGAUGAGAACAGGC